AUGCAGUUCUGUGCUGGUGACAUAAUUUUGAGAAGCGCUCCCUAUGGAGCGGCUCUGGAGACGGAGUUCCUGAGCAAAGCUUGCUCGUAUUGUUUGACGUGCAAACCACAGCUCAAGAAAUGCAGCGCUUGCUCCACGGUCUUCUACUGCAGCGAUCAGUGUCAGGAGAGUGAUUCGGACGACCACAAAUUCGAAUGCGAGGCCCUAUCCCGCUCGCAUCCGUGGGUUCCGGAUGCGGAGACUCGCCUCCUAUGCCGAAUUUGGUUCCGAGUGCGACGGGAGCGAGCUAGUCCCUCCGAGGAAUCGGUACUCGGGACGGUGAGGAGCUUCGACUCCCUAAUGACGCAUCGCGACGAGAGAGAUUCCGAAUACAUCGAACGGAUCGAGAAAGAGAUAGGCCUACAGGUGAAUCGAUUCCUUCUUCGAAUGGAUCGGCCGUCGCUCGAAAUGCUCGUGACGAUAUUCCUCAAAAUGGAUAUCAACACACAUCAAGUCACUUCAUGGGAUGGACCGAUGGGGUGCGCUCUGUAUCUCGGCGGGUCAAUCGUAGAUCAUUCGUGCUCCCCCAACCCUAAGAUCACGUAUUUUUUCCACGGUCGCGAUUUCGUCAUGAAAGCUUUGGAGAACGUCGAGAUAAAAGGUCCGCAUGAGCUUAAUAUCGGAUACGUGUCCUUCAUCCUGCCCCGAGAUGCUCGUCGGGAACAAUUGAGGGAGCGUUACUUCUUCGACUGCUGCUGCCAACGGUGCGUGGGAGAAGAAGUCGUAACGAAUCUCGGUGGUUCAGGGCUGGCGUCGCAGGUCGAGUCUCUCCGGAAUACGGCGGACUGCGAAACGAAAUAUUCGGGGCUUCUAGAAAUGUCCAGAAUGGAUAGCGUUCGAAAACUACCUCCGAACGAUUACGUGCAGCUGAGUCUCAACGCCGGGCUCUUCGCACUCUGUGGCACACUGGCACGGUACGAAGAAGCGGCCCUGGUUGGAUACCGGAUCCUCGAAGUUUACGAUAAAAUGAGGGUCGCUCCGGUUCACACACUGUACCUUCUUUGCCAAGUCUUCAGUGCGGCUCUCAAUGCUGAUUGGUACAAACCUCAGAAUGAACACAACUUCGAGUUCACCGCCUUGCUGGUCUUGGCGGAACAGCGGAGCCAGGUGAUCUGGGGACCCGACCACUACCAUUCGAAACUCCUCCGAACGAUGAAAAACGCUUUGAUUCAUUGA